UUCAUUGUUAAACUUUUUUUCACGCGUCAGGUAGCACAAUUUCCUGAAGAGCUGGUCACAUAUGGUGGCAAUGGUCAGGUCUUUUCUAACUGGGCCCAAUUCUGGCUCGUGAUGCAGGCUCUGUCUCGCCUUACCAAAGAGUUAACCCUCAUUCUAUACUCUGGUCAUCCCUUAGGCUUGUUUCCCAGCCCCACAUCAGCUCCGCGUCUUGUGAUUACCAAUGGCAUGCUGGUUCCAAAGGCCGGCCAGGAAGCUGGUUACAAUCGCUUAUUUGCACUAGGAGUUAGCCAGUACGGUCAGAUGACGGCGGGCUCUUAUUGUUAUAUUGGUCCGCAAGGUAUUGUGCACGGAACUACGCUGACUCUAUUAAAUGCAUUACGCAAGAAGAAUAGAGAAGACCAAUCCUCGCAAGGGAUGUCUCGAGAGACGCGAAGUUCGGAGGGGUGUGAAAAUGCAAACAGCCCAGGUUGGGGAAAAGUUUUCAUCACUUCCGGUCUGGGAGGAAUGAGUGGGGCUCAGGCAAGCAUGAAUUAUAUCUUAUAA